AUGUAUUUAAAUCAAGCAACUCACCAAUGUGAUAUAAAUUGCGACAGUAAUUGUGCAACUUGCCUCUUAACAACUACACAUUGCUUGAGCUGUAAUGUAGACAUGUAUUUAAAUGAAGCUACAAAUUUAUGUUAAUCUACUUGUGACUCAAAUUGUUUGACAUGUUAAACAACAACUACUAGAUGUUUAACUUGUAAUGGGAAUGAUUAUUUAAACUUAUCAAAUAAUCAUUGUCAAGCUACUUGUGAUACUAAUUGUUUGACAUGCUUAGUCACAACUACUCGUUGUAAGACUUGUAAUCCAGGAAUGUAUUUGAAUAAAUCAAUAUACAACUGUUAGGCAUUAUGUGAUACAAAUUGUUAAACAUGUUUUAUUACUACUACAAAUUGUUUAACAUGUCCUGCUGGAACAUAUUUAAAUGAAUUAAAUAAUUCAUGUUCACCAACAUGUAAUUCAAAUUGUUAGACUUGCUAAACACUUACUACUUAUUGUUUAACAUGUUUUGCAGGCUUUUAAUUAGAUGAAGCAGUAAAUAAGUGCAUUAUCAUAUGUGAUUCAAAUUGUGCUUCAUGCUUAAAUACUCCUACCAAUUGUGUUUCUUGUUAUGAUGGUAUGUUCUUAAAUUAGUCUACUAAAGAAUGCCAAACCGAUUGUGAUACAAAUUGCUUAACAUGUUCAUUUUUAACAACAACAUGUUCAACCUGUCAUGAUGGAUAUAAUUUAAACUAAUUAAAUUUUAAGUGCGAUUUGAUAUGUACAGAUAAUUGCUAAACUUGUGUUGUAGAUCCAUCACACUGCACCUCUUGUUUUGAUGGAAUGUAUGUCAAUCUUUCAAAUUUCGUUUGUGAAUCAACAUGCGACGUCAAUUGUUUAACAUGCAAAAAUACAACUAAAAAUUGUCAAACUUGCAAUACAGGGAUGUAUCUUGAUAAUAUCACAGACAGUGCUAUGGGAACUUGCUUAGUAUGUCAUCCUCCUUGUGCUGUUUGUCUACAACCAUCAAAAGUAGAGAUUUGCCUGGAUUGUUAAUUUCGAUAUUUUUUGGAUAAUACUUCAGCUUGUUAAGCUUGUGAUCCUUCCUGUUAUAAAUGUACAGGGAUUACAAGUGUUGAAUGUUCUUAAUGUGCUCCUGGAGAGUAUCUAUUAGUAUCAGGAGCUGAUAAAACAUGCCAUUAAUGUAUAUCGCCUUGUUAUGAUUGCUCAUCGGAUCCAGUUUGCCUCUCUUGUAUUCCUCAAUAUUUUUUAAGUGGAUCAACAUGUUUACCUUGUACUCCACCUUGUUUUAACUGUAUUACAACAACAUCAACUUGUGUUGAUUGUUUUGGAAUUGAUAACAGAGGAGUUGUAAAUGGGGAAUGUGUUUGUUUACCCCACUAUUAUGAUUAAAAUAAUGGUUAAAGCUAAUGUUUAAUUUGUGAUUCUAAUUGUAAAAAUUGUAUCGAUUUAUCAACUAAAUGUACAAGUUGUGAUGAUGGAUUUUAUUUAAAUAAUAAUAUUUGUUUAUAAUGCAGUAAAUAAUGUGUAACAUGCGAAAAUUCAGCAUCAAAUUGCAUUUCUUGCAACUCUGAUGUUUAUUUACGAACAUUAUGGAACAACUAAUGUAUAUGUGAUGAUGGCUUAUAUUAUUCUGAUGUUUAACUUGUGUGUGAAUUUUGUAUCGAACCGUGUGAAACAUGUUUGAGUGGUGUUGAUGCAAAUGGAAAUAAUUAUGAUGGAAAUCAAUGUUUAUCUUGUCUUAUUGGUUAUAAUCGAAUAAUAGAUAACACAAUUAAUAGUUGUAUUUGUUAAACUGGAUUUUUUGAUUCAGGUUAAGUUGUCUGUUCAGCAUGUGCUUCUUAUUGUAUUUCUUGUUUAACAGAUGAAAUGGAUUGUAAUGUUUGCAAACCUUCAACUUUCAGAGAUCCUGCUUAAAAAUGCCUAUGUUAAGAUGGUUAUUUUGGAACCGAUCUGGUAUGUUAGCCAUGUUCAUUUCCUUGUUUUAAAUGUGAAUUAUAAAGCAACAGAUGUAUAGCAUGCACAGGAGCACGAGUAUUAAAUGGGAAUUCAUGUGAAUGCGAUUUUGGAUAUUAUGAAACUUCAACCAAAGCAUGUCUAACUUGUUCACAUCCUUGUGCUUCAUGUGUAGCUCUUCCAACAUUUUGCUAUAGUUGUGUGAAUGGGUAUUAUUAACCAACAGGAGAAUUAUCAUGUUUGCCUUGUAAUAUUCCUUGUUAGAAUUGUGUUUCUAAUGAUGGUAACAAAUGUUUAACUUGCCUACCUACUUAUAAUCGAGAAGUAUUAAAUUUGGUUUGUGUUUGCAAAGUCUCAUAUUAUCAAAUUGAUAAUACAUCUCCAUGUUUACCUUGCGCCAGUACCUGUUAUUAGUGUGAAAAUAAUGGAGAUGGCACUUAAUGCACUUCAUGUAAAAUUGGUGACAAUAGAUACCUAAACGCAAGUAAAAAUUGUGUGUGUAAUUCCAAUCAUUUUGAAUAACUGACAUCCUCUUAAUGUAUGCAAUGUACACCUCCAUGUUUAUCUUGUAUUAUUUCAUAAAUCACCCCUCCAGCAGAUGGCACAUAAUGUCUUACAUGUCAAUCUGGAUUAAACAGAAUAAUUGAUAGUGUUAAUAAGAAAUGUCCUUGUGAAUUUGGAUAUUAUCAAAUUACUGGAACAUUAUUAUGUUAUAAAUGCUAAUCACCAUGUUUACAAUGCAUAGAUGAUGGAACUGGAAUAGAAUGUACAACUUGCAUACUUGGUUCGAAUCGUGUAGUGGUCUCCUAAAGUUGUUUAUGCUAGGAUGGAUAUUAUUAAGUUGGAUCCGAUCUCAUCUGUAGUCCAUGCAAUUACACCUGUCAAAAAUGUCAAAAUUUAACAACAGAAUGUCAUCUAUGUGAUCCUCUCAAACAUCGUCUCCCUGUAGGCUUUACUUGCAUUUGUUAAGAUAAUUAUUACGAUGAUAUGACCAAUGAUCAAGAUUGUAAACCUUGUACUUAUCCCUGUGAAUAAUGUCACUCUAAUACAAAUGGAACCAAAUGCAAAACUUGUAUACCAGGAUUAAAUAGGCAUUUUUCUAAUUAUAAAUGUAUUUGUGAUGAUGGCUAUUUCGAGAAUAAUGGUUUAUGUUUAUCUUGUCAUUUAACAUGUAAAACCUGUAAUUCGCCAUAUUCAUGCUUAACAUGUGAUGCUGCCAAAUAUGAUUCAUUUACUUUUAGAAAUGGAUUAGCUUGUGUAUGUAAACAAGGAUUUGAAAUGAAUUCACUAGGAUAAUGCAUUAUAUAAUGUCCAAUUGAUUGUUUAACUUGUAAUUAAAAUACUUGUUUAACUUGUAAUAGUAACAGAGUUUUAUUAAAUGGAAGAUGUGUUUGUUCUUUAUCAGAUAAUACAAAAUUUUGUAGAUCUUCUUGUGAAAAUAUUAACUUUGGAAAAUUAGCUUCAUCUUUAACCUCUCCAAGUUCUAAUAAUUUAUUGGAUAAAUUAAACGAAAAUUCACUUUCACCUGCUUCCAUAGUAAUGGAUAGUAAAUUAGAUUCAUCAAUUUCUUGCAGUAUCAAAAGUCUACUAGAAUAAGGAAUCAUUUCAAGCGAUAAAACAAAUUAUAAUCGAAUAGUCUUUAAAUAAUAAGAAAUUCUAUCAGAUCAAAGUCCUUUUGGUGAUUAAGCUUCUUAUUUUCAUUUUGUCAAAGAUAAUAUUCGAUAUUUACUCUUUUAGAAAGAUGCUACAAUUUUGAAUUUAAAAAUGUAAUACAAUUUUGAAAUAAAUGUUGAUACCGAAACUAUUUUAAGCAAUAGUGUUCCAAAAUCUUCUCUAAAUUAAUAAAUUCUUUCUUUCAAUAUUGAUAAUGCAUAUUUUGUUGUAUUGGUCUUCACAUACAAUAUUAACAGUCAUCCAACAAUAUCGAGUAAUAUUAUAAACAAUAACUAUGAACUUGAUUUUUAAUUUAGCUCAUCAUCAUCCGUGAUUAUGCUAACUGAAUUUUAUAUAGAUAGUCCUACAUUUGCUUCUGCUAUAAUUUCAUAAAUUAGAACAAUAUCCGAUUAUAUUGGUCAACUAUAUUGGUAGGGUAUAGCAUUUGAAUGUAUGCCUCACCUAAAAAAUGCUAGAUAAACCUUCUGGGAAAAUCAUCAAUUUUUACUUUAAGCUCUACCAACUAAUUUAUUACCUUUAAAAGUAACCGAUGGAGCCAAUCAUAUUAAAACAGCAUUCUCCUCAGGCAAAUUUUCAGCUAAUAGUGCUAAAAUAUAAUUAAAUUAUUUAAACAUAAAUUAUUAGACUGGAUUCAUAGAGUAUGAUAACACUGGAUUCUCUUAUUUUACUGUUCAGUACCCAGAAAUUUUAGUUUUUGGAUUGAAAAUGCUACCAUAUUUUAUAUUUGAUGAGUUUACUAUCUAACAUUAUAUUCCAAGUGGAUAUUAAAUUAAUAAUUAAUAACUGACUUAUUCAAGUAUUUAUGGUGAAUUUAUUGGAUACUUUGUUGAUUUAUAUGGUACAACAUCAGUUAAAACGUUGAUUUUUAGUUACAACUAAGGUCAUAAUUUUAAUGUAGUUUAAAAUGCUAAUAAUAUUCUAAUAAGUGUCACAGGUACUAAUGUAAAAGAGAUAAAUUUUGCAAUAAUGGCUUUUGAUGAUAUGAUUAUGAACAAUUCAUAUCAAAUUAUUUUUGAAUAGUAUAUUAAGUUGUUGAUUUCAUCUAUUGAAUAAACUACGAGAACACCUUUAAGAUUUGUGAAUUAAUAUUGGAAGUUAAAUCCUUUAACAAUCACUGGUCCAUUUGAACCAUUAACUGAAUCAAUCGGAGGUUACUAUAUAGUAAAAGGAACAAAUGUAAUAAAUAGUAAGUUCCCUUUUGAUCAAUCUCAUAAAAUUAGCACAAAUCUGAAAUAAGAUAUUAUGUAUACUAAUGGAUACUUAGUUAAUGGAGAUACUGCCUUUGGUAAAUUAACUAAGUACUUUACAUAAACAGAUAAUAAAUUUAUUUUAGGAGCUUAAUUAAACAAUAUUUAAUAUAUUUCUAUUUCAAUGACAUCAACUGAUACAUUUGUCUCUUGUGUUUAAUCAGUAACUUUGUAUAAAGAUAUCUACGCAUUUGUCAGCCAGUGCAAGAGAACUGAGUUUUAAAUAUAUCAAGUAUUUAUGAUAGAUUUAAAUGAAUAUGACGUGUCCAUCGUAUUAUAAUAAAGCAAUGUUGAAGUAAAAUUAAGCAAUAUUCAAAAAAUCAGAUAAUUAUACUACUUAAUGGUAGUAUCUAAAAGUUCUAGUAAUUUGAAUACAAAUCAAAUUAUUUAAGAUAUGUAUUAAGGAAUCUUUAAAUCUAUUGGAUAUUUUGGUUUUGAUUUCCAGUGCUUGACAUACAAUGAAGAUUUUUAAUGUGCUAUAUAUAGAUCUGGAUAUAAAGCAUCAAUGUAUAAUGAGUUUGAUUCAUCAUAAUUAUUAACGAAUGAUGUUUAUAAUAUGAAUGGUAAGAAAUGCAAUUAUUUUAAUUUUGAUAAUGCUGUUACUAUUCUGAAAAAUUACAAAGUUGCAUUAGAUUCCCUAAUUAGUAAUUUAAUUUAAAGUUAUAUUUUGCCCCUUCCGUAAGACAAUUUUUAUCAAUAUGAUGCACUGAUUGUUGGCAAAUUAACAUCAUCUACUCAACCUAACAUUUAUAUUGAUGUACCUUAAUAAAGUGCAAGUGAAGUUUAGAAAACAACUCCAAAAUUUUUUGGAGCACAAUCUUAACUUUAUUAAUUUAUAAACAAUGCAGUAUCUUUAACUUUGAUUGAAACUAGAAUUGACGAAAUUGUUAUAUUUAACACUCUCAUACCAAGCAAUAACGGAUAAUUGAGUGUUUCUACAUAAUUUUUUAGCGAUUAUGGUAUUGUAUUUUAAUCAAUUUGCUACACAACUUUUGAUUCUUAAAUAUUUCCAAACACAUAUGAAUGCUUUAUUCGACCUUUAAAUCCAUAACAUGAUUAAAUCAAUAUAAUAGUUACUCCUCCUCUAAAAGAUUUAACUUACAAAAUAUAGUAACAAGACAAUAUUUUGAUGAUGUAUUUACUAUUCGCAGAUUUUGGAACUGUCCCUUAAAAAAGUUAAGUAAUUUAACAAAUUAGUAAGCAAGUAUAUGAAUAAAUUUUAAAUUCAGUAUAAAAUGAUUAAUGUAAAUGUUGGGGUAGAUACAGAUAAAAAGAAAAUAAUUGUAGAUGUUAAGAUGGAUAUUAUCCACCAGCUGAAACUACUUUUGGAUUAUUGGAUUGCACACCCUGUAAUUAUAAAUGUUUAACAUGUUAAUUUACAAGUACAUAAUGUAUUAGUUGUCCUUUAAAUUCAAAUAGAAAAUUAGAUUUAGAUAUAUAUAGUUGUGAAUGUAAGGAAGGUUAUUUGGAAUUAGGAGUAAUAGUUUGUAGUCCAUGUCACUAUUCUUGUGGAAAAUGCGAAACUUUCCCUUAUAAAUGCACUGAAUGUAAUAGUGCUCAUCAUAGAACAUGGGAUAAUAUAAAUUUUUUAUGUCCUUGUGAUGAUGGAUAUUAUGAUGAUGGAAGUAAUUCAAUUUGUGUAAAAUGUGAUCAUAGUUGUAGUAAAUGUUCUUAAGCAGGUAAAGUUUGUAUAGCAUGUGUUACAUCAGUGUUUAGAACUCAAUAAGCAGAUAAUACAUGUCCAUGUGAUGCUGGAUAUUAUGAUGAUGGUGUAAAUUCUUUAUGUUAACCUUGUGAUUAUACUUGUUCUACUUGUGUAGAUACAGCAACUAAGUGUACUGGAUGCAAAAUCAAUUCACAACGAAAAUUAUCUAAUAAUGAAUGUAUCUGUAAUAAUCAUUAUUAUCAUGUAAAUCUACUUUGGGAUUGUCAACAAUGUUCCAUUUAUUGUUAUAACUGUUCUGGGGCAACUAGAACAGAAUGCCUUGAUUGUUAAUCUAUUUAAAAUAGAGAAUUAAAAUCUACAAGUUGUGAAUGUGUGGUUGGAUAUUUUAAGGAUUCAUUAGAUUCUGUUAUUUGCCCAUAAUGUGAUUAUCAAUGUAAAACUUGCAGUGUGAUGAGUAAUUAAUGUUAAUCAUGUGAACCAACAUUUAACAGAUUAUAUGAUUCUUUUAAUAAGAAAUGCUAUUGCAGAGAUGGAUAUUUUGAUGAUGGUACAAAUGGAUAAUGUUAGACAUGCUCAUAUAGAUGUAGAACUUGUGUGAGCAAUUUAGAUAAAUGUUUGAGCUGUCCAUUGAAUACAAAUAGAAAAUAUGAUUCUACAAAAAAUACUUGCAAGUGUUAAUCCUCUUUUUCAGAUAUUGGGGUUCCAGUUUGCAUGAAAUGUCAUGCAAGUUGCUAAGAGUGUUAAACAAUUGCAACAUUUUGUCUUUAAUGCAAUACUAAUAAGACAUUUAGAUUAGAUAGUAGUAAUAUUAAUAAUACAUGUCCAUGUUAAGAUGGUUAUUAUGAUGAUGGAAUGAAUACUGUAUGCAAAUUAUGUCAUCCUUAAUGUAAUACUUGCUCUCAAUUUUAAAUAUGUACUUCAUGUAAUAUUACAUUUGGAAGAAUUGAUAAAAGUAGUAUAGAUAAAACUUGUCCAUGCAAUGAUGGAUUCUAUGAUGAUAAUAUUAAUAAAUAAUGCCAGACUUGCCAUUAUUCUUGUUAAACAUGUAUUGAAAAGAAUAACAAAUGUGUUACAUGUAAUAUAACAGGAACAUACAGAUCAAAGGGCAUAGAUUCUUGUCCUUGUAAUGCUGGAUAUUAUGAUGAUGGUGACUUAAUUUGCAAAGUUUGUCAUUUCAAAUGUGCCACUUGUACAUAAACUAGUACAUAUUGUACUUCUUGUCCUCAAAGCAGACAAGGUACUAAUUGUGAUUGUAAAAUUGGUUAUAUAGAAAAUGGAGUUAAAGAAUGCACCGCCUGUUAUUUCAAAUGUGGACUUUGCACAUUAAGUGAUUUAAAUACUUGUUUGGCCUGUAAUUUAAAUAGAAUUAAUUUACCUAAAUGCGAUUGUGAUUCUGGGUAUUAUGAAUUGAAUAAUGAAUGUUUACCUUGUCCUAAUAAAUGCUAAUCAUGUGAUACCACAGCAACUUGCUAUAAUUGCAAGGGAGAUAGGCUUAAUAAUCCUGUUUGUUAUUGUCCUGAUGGCUAUUAUGAAGAUGAAGUAUCCAUCAAUUGUACAGUUUGCUUUGGAAAUUGUGCCACUUGUAAUAAAGACAUUUGUCUCACUUGUAAAGGAAAUAGAAUUUUAAAGCCUUUAUCUUGUACAUGCCCAGAAAAUUCAAUUAACCAUAUUGAAACUCCUUUUUGUUCAGAUUGUGAUGUUGCUGUGAUCUCUGCUUAAUUUAGCAGUGAUUUGAGUAUUGUCUAUUUUACUUUUCCAUACAAUGUACAAUUUGUAUCCACUAAAAAAUUCACUCCCUAUUCAGCUUGCUAAUAAAUUUUCUAAACAAGUACAUAUUCAACAUUAGGCAAUUCUCCUUUAUGUUCAAUAGUUUAAGAAAACCUCCUAAUUGUAGAAUUAUCUGAACAAAGUAGUAUCACAGUGAGUACAAAUAUUUAAUUUAACACAGAUAUAUUAUUAAAAACAGGAUGUAGUUCUGCCAUUAUAAAUUUUAUUUUGAUUAAUUUUACUUAUAACCCAGUAAAAAUGGAUCCUGUUUUUGAAUUAACAACUUAUAGUGAUUAAAUUACACUCUGUUAAGAUAUCCCAAUCAGAAUAAUUUAUAAAUUUGUAGAUGGAAAAAGAAAUUUCACAGAAAUAACUUGGAGUAUUGUUAAAAUGUAUCCAUAAACUUCAUCAGUUUCCUCAUAUUUAACAUCUCUAUUUGCUGAAGCUAAUGCAAAUAAUUUAUAAUCUAUUACUAUCGCUGCUUUAGCUUUAAGCGAAUAUGGAACCUAUGUAAUAUAAUUAAAAGCUAAAAAUUUCAGAGAUCAAGUCUAUACUGCACAAACUACAAUUUAAACUGAAUCAUUUGAAUCACCAAUCAUCAAAAUUGAUCCAGAUUAAUAGUAUAUUUUUGGAAGAUGGUAAGAUUUAUCAUUCACUGUUACACUAAAACAUUUAUCAUGUUAUACUAACUCGAUUGUUGAAGUAUUUGAUGCUAUUAGAGUUAAUUGGACAGAAGUUGCUAAAACUCCAAAAGAAACCACAAGUAUACUUAAUGAAUCUAAAAUUUCUGAAACUGAUGGUAUGACAUUUUUAAGCACACUAAGAAUUCCAGCUUAUACUGCUGCUUUAAGCUCCACUUAUACUAUUUAAGUUACAGCAUCAUUAACUAAUAAACCCAUUAAAACAUCAAUAUAAUUUACAAUUACUAUUGUCAGUAGUCCAAUGUAAGCAUAUAUUUAAGGUGGAACAAGAACCUAAUCUUUUAAUGAUUAUGCAUUUCUUAAUGGAUUCUGCAGAGAUCCUGAUUUAGAUUAUCCUUGGAAUAAAGAUCCCGAAAUCACUUUUGAUUGGAAAUGUAUAAAUCUGGCUACUAGUGAAAGUUGUACUGAUUCAAAUAAAGAACCUUUAGAAUUAAAUAAGACUGACUCUUCAUAGACAUUUAAACCAAGAGUCCUAGAUCCUUAUUAACCACUUUAAUUUAUUAUGAGAAAUACAAAAAAUACUGUUGUGUUGAUAACCUAAAUGAUUCUUUUGGUUAUUGAAAAUGAUUUACCCAAUAUUUAAGUUAGUUAUCCAUCAGGAUACGAUAGUAGAUAGAUUCUACUACAUGAAGAACUCAAUUUUACAUUAGCUACAUCAGUUGAUCCUGAUUCUUUAAAGUAUUUCUGUCAAAUUGUAUAUAAUUACAAUAUUGUGGCAUCUUUUACAUUUAAGUUUUUAUAAGUUAAAUUUAGAAUCUGGGAUUAUUGGGAAGAUACUGAAGGAUAAAUUACAGCUAUAUAAAUUAAAAUGGCAGCUAAAGAUAUUUAUCAUUAUAUGCCAUCAAGUGCCUCAGUUAAUUUAUAAUUGAAUAUACCACCAAAUGGUUGUAAAUUUUCUGUAACUCCACCUUCAGGAAUAUCAAUAGCUGAUCUAUUUGUUUUAUCUGUCACUAAUUGCUUUGAUUCAUAACUUCCAUUAACUUAUUAAUUUCAUAUUUAUUCAAGUUAGAAAACAUUAGAUAAUGAUAAUUUAAUAGGUGAAACAAUAAACAAAAAGUCAAUAACAGACAAAUAAUCAAGUCCUUAAUUACAAUUAGUUUUGCCAACUCCUAUAAAUCCUGAUAAUAGUAUUGCAUAUGAAUUAGUACUUGUAGCAAGUAUUUUUGAUAAUAAUAAUGGAAUGAAAAAUUUAACUAAAACAGUUAAAGUUAAUAGUAUUUAUCGAAAAAUAGAGAAUUCAGACUUUUAAUCUAUUUUACUAUAAAUAAGACGAGCACUUAAAUUAAGUGAUACAAUAAAUGAGUCAUCUCUACCUUCAUUAUUUAUUGGUAGCUAAGAAUUAUCAACUUUAUAUAAUUAAUUACCAUAAGAGAAAAAGUUAUAAAUGAAAAAAAUUCUUAAAGAGAUUUAUUCAAUUUUACUAUCAUUUUAAGGUAAAAUGACUAGUAAAAUUUUGGAAGAAUCACUUUUAUCAUCAAUAGCAGCUAUUGGUAGAACUGGUAUUAAUUAUGAGAUCGAUGAUGCUGAUGUUGUUGAUUUCUAUACAAUUAAAUAGCAAAUAAAAUAAACCAUGAAAUAAUUAAAUAGAUAAAUAAAUGAUUUAGAUUAUUUUUUAUAAUAAAAAUCAAAAUCAGGUGGGUCAACUUCAAAAUUUGAAGACGCUAUUAAAGCUUUAGACAAUACUUUACUAAAUAGUGGAUAUGUUACUGAUACAUUAUUUAAUGCAAUUAAAUCAAAUUCAUUUUAAGGAGCAGAUGUUACUGAUUCUGAUGUUAAUAUGUUAAAAGAAUAAAUCUAAUAAAUAAAUAAAUUAGUAGCAGUAGCCACAUUAAAGAGAAGUUUAGCAAAUGAAAAGCCUAGAUAAUUUGCUGGUUAAUAAAUGGGUAUGUAAGCUUAUAAAUCAACACCUGCUUAAAUAUAAAAAAUUUUAAGCGGGACUAUAGCUCCUAGAUUCUUUGGAAGUAACUCAAAUAUUUCAUCAACAACUGAUUUAUAAGGUACAGGAAAUAAUGAUAAUUUGAAUUUAGAGGAAGAAGAUGAUGAAAUAAAUUAUGAUGAAUAUCUUUCAAUAUUAAAUGGAACUAGUAGUAUAAAUGGUACUAAUAGUACAAAUAGCACUAAUAGCACUAAUAAUACAAAUAAUACAAAUAACACUAAUACAAUGGGAAACAGAAGACUUCUUUAAUUUGUUGAAUGGAUCUAAAAUAAACAUAAUAUCCAUUAUUUAAGAAACUUAGAGUAAAUUGAUCCUGUUACUGUUAAAUAAUAUGAAGUAAGUAUGUCUAAUUAUGCAACCAGUCCUAAUUUAAAUGAUCCUAAGUUUUCAUCCUAACUUUAAGUUAAUUAGACAACUGAAGUUUCAAAUUCAUCCAAUAUCACUCAUGAUUAAUCCAUUGUCAGUGAUUUUGGUACAAUUUAACCAAAUAUCACAAUGACAGAGAAUGGUAAUAGCACUGAAAUAAAAAGCCUUGAAGGCCAAACUCUUAAAUUAUCAUUUUAAGCUCCUUAAAAUCUUAGUUCUAAUUCUACUAUGGAAUGCCUAUCUGAAUCAAAAGAUACAUGGUAGACAGGGACUUGUAAUAUAAAAAAGGAAUUAGAUGCUUAAGGUAAUAUUGUUUAUGUUUGUGAUUGUGUUGUAGUUAAUCCAACUACAGUUAUAACAAAAUUAGAUAGUUUUAUUUCAAAUAAGUUAAGUUCAGUAUUUAAUGCUAAUUCUUUUGAUAUCUUCUUACAAAUUUAGUUUUGGAAAUAUGCAAUUUUCUAUAUUGCUAUUGGAUUUACAGGGGCUUAUGUUGCAUUAAUGGUUUUGGGAUUAAGAAAAGAUAAUUAGGAUUUUAUAGAAGAAAUUACGAAAGAAUUGAAUGUAAAAAUCAACUCAAAUCCUAAUUUACUCAAUUUAAAAAAAGAAAUUCAUGAUAUUGUUAUAGAAGAGAAAAGCAUUGAAGAUUCUAUCGAACAUUAAAAUGAAAAACUUCCAGUUGUCCAAUCUAAAGAUUUUCCCAAAUUAGCUUUACUUACUUUAAAUCAUCCGGGAAAUAUUGAACUAAAAUAGGACGAAUAAGGAAGAUUGAUUUUACCUGAAGAACAUAAUACAGAUUUAGAUCAUUAAAAUAUAUAUAGAUUAUAAGUAGAACAAAACAAAUAAAAAAUUAAUUUUAAAUAAGUUUAAGAUCAAUUAUAAUAACAUUAACUUUAUAAUCCAAACUCAAAUAAACAAACAUCAAAAGCAACAGAAUUACAAAAUGUUAUUAAAAAUGUUUAUACAGUUCAUGAUUUAAAAUAUGAGCAUGGUUAAGAAAUAAAGCUUAAAACAUUAAGUUUAAAAGUUCUUUGGGAAGGCAUAUUGGUAAAUAUUAAAAUAUCAACAUUAGACUCUUCACCGAGUACUAUCAAUUUUAAUGUUAUAUGAUGAUGUAAUUAGUAGACCAGCUAGAUUUGCUUUGGUUUAUGCUAAAACAAUAUUAGUAUUAGCAUUAUCAGCAUUAUUUUCUGGUAACAUGGGACCUGUAUAUGGUACAAUGAUAUCAGUUGGAAUCGGUUAAGUUAUUAAUGUAAUUUUAUCUAUAAUAACUGCAACUAUGAAAGCAUCACCAAUACUUAAAUUUUUAGGAAUUUUAUUUACAAUUGCUAUUUCUGGUAUUUGUUGGUUUAUUGUAUUAAUGCUUUCUGCUAGUAUGGAAGAAAUUUAAGUAUUUUUAUUUAUCAUUAAUAUAGGCAAAUUUAUGGGCAAUUUAAUUUGCUUCAACAUAAAUAAUUGAUCUUAUAAUUGUAGAAUUUCUUAUUAUUUCAAUUAAACUUUCUAUUUACCCAUGGGCAGUCAAAGCAUUACAUAAUCCCGAUGAAAGUGCAUCUAAAAUUUUAGCGAAUCUAGUGUUUAUAAUUGUAGCGCAACCAUAGAUUUAAAAAUUUUUUGAAGUAGAGGAUAAACAAGAUAGUAUUUUGGAGGCAUGAUAUAAUAUAAAUUUAUAUUAAGANUUAUAGAAGAAAUUACGAAAGAAUUGAAUGUAAAAAUCAACUCAAAUCCUAAUUUACUCAAUUUAAAAAAAGAAAUUCAUGAUAUUGUUAUAGAAGAGAAAAGCAUUGAAGAUUCUAUCGAACAUUAAAAUGAAAAACUUCCAGUUGUCCAAUCUAAAGAUUUUCCCAAAUUAGCUUUACUUACUUUAAAUCAUCCGGGAAAUAUUGAACUAAAAUAGGACGAAUAAGGAAGAUUGAUUUUACCUGAAGAACAUAAUACAGAUUUAGAUCAUUAAAAUAUAUAUAGAUUAUAAGUAGAACAAAACAAAUAAAAAAUUAAUUUUAAAUAAGUUUAAGAUCAAUUAUAAUAACAUUAACUUUAUAAUCCAAACUCAAAUAAACAAACAUCAAAAGCAACAGAAUUACAAAAUGUUAUUAAAAAUGUUUAUACAGUUCAUGAUUUAAAAUAUGAGCAUGGUUAAGAAAUAAAGCUUAAAACAUUAAGUUUAAAAGUUCUUUGGGAAGGCAUAUUGGUAAAUAUUAAAAUAUCAACAUUAGACUCUUCACCGAGUACUAUCAAUUUUAAUGUUAUAUGAUGAUGUAAUUAGUAGACCAGCUAGAUUUGCUUUGGUUUAUGCUAAAACAAUAUUAGUAUUAGCAUUAUCAGCAUUAUUUUCUGGUAACAUGGGACCUGUAUAUGGUACAAUGAUAUCAGUUGGAAUCGGUUAAGUUAUUAAUGUAAUUUUAUCUAUAAUAACUGCAACUAUGAAAGCAUCACCAAUACUUAAAUUUUUAGGAAUUUUAUUUACAAUUGCUAUUUCUGGUAUUUGUUGGUUUAUUGUAUUAAUGCUUUCUGCUAGUAUGGAAGAAAUUUAAGUAUUUUUAUUUAUCAUUAAUAUAGGCAAAUUUAUGGGCAAUUUAAUUUGCUUCAACAUAAAUAAUUGAUCUUAUAAUUGUAGAAUUUCUUAUUAUUUCAAUUAAACUUUCUAUUUACCCAUGGGCAGUCAAAGCAUUACAUAAUCCCGAUGAAAGUGCAUCUAAAAUUUUAGCGAAUCUAGUGUUUAUAAUUGUAGCGCAACCAUAGAUUUAAAAAUUUUUUGAAGUAGAGGAUAAACAAGAUAGUAUUUUGGAGGCAUGA